GAAACUUAAUGACGUGGUUAAUUCUGCGUACACUAAAAAAAAACGUCUGUUUGAGUUUUCCAAAAAUUCAAGUUUUAAUGAUAACAUAUCACAGUAAUGAAGUAACUUGUUUUGCUUUUUGUCUUUUGAUAUAAAAAGCCAGGCCGAUGAGAAGAAAUCACAGUUGAAGGUACAACUUCAACAAAUAUUAAUAUAGUAAUAUUUGAAGUGAAGUUUUCUAUUGGUACGCCUAAACUUAAACAAUGGGGAAAAGUGUUUUGUUCAUUGCUGCGUUGGUGGGUAUUGUUUACUGUGUGAACGCCGCCAUAUUGCCCGCUGAUUUUAAGCCAGCGGAACAGGAACUGCCACGGGAGGAAACCCCGCCGAAAUUUGAUGAAAAACGCGAGAAACGUGGUGCGUAUGAUUAUGGUUUCGAAGAUGGACAUGGUGAGGAGCAUGAACGUCAUCAUUCUGUUCAUGAUGAGCACCACUCCGAACACCAUGAGGAAGAUUACGAGAAACAUAACAAAUAUGGUCACCAUGAGAAAUAUGGUCACCAUGGUGAUGAUUUAGACCAUCAUGACGAUCAUCAUGAUAAACACUAUGGACACCAUGAUGAUGACCACCAUGAUGAUCACCAUGAUGAUCACUAUGGACAUCACGAAGUAGGACUUGGAAUUGAUGUGGGACACCAACUGCAUGGAAUCAAGCAUGAACUAGAACAUGGUCUGGAACAUGGUUUGGAGCACCAUGGUCAUCAUGGUCAACACCAUGGACAUGGACAUGAGGAAGAUGAUGAUGAUGAUGAUGAUGACCAUCAUGUUGGUGGUCACGAGGAAGACCUCUCCGUGCAUGUUGGCAAAUUCAAUCAACACCAGGCAUCUGCUUCAUCCCAAAACAACAAUCCAACUUUGAAAAGGUAAAGGAAGUCAAAUAUGAAGUGGAAAAGACCAAGUUUAACCAACAGAGUGAAUCCAACCAGGCCCAAGAAGAACAAUUCGGUGCAUUUACUUUUGAUGGUCAAGCUAGAAGAACUUCCAAUACAGGACGCUUCACUGACCCAACCAGAGGUUUCAGAGGAGGUAUUGAGACCCUGCGUGCUUAAACAACUUGAUUUUUGAAUGUACAAUUUGCUCAACUGAAGAACUUCAUGAUUAUAUUAUAUAAAUAAAUUCGAAUGCAAAGAGUAACCUUCUUCUACUUUCAACACAUGAUUGUAUAACUGGUUGCAUAGGUUGAAUCAAUAUUUUUGCUAAAAAUAUAAAUAAACAAAUUAUUCUGGC